AAAGGAGCGCCCUCCAGCUGCCCUGACUUGCCCAUCACUCUCUCAUCCUCUCCAACAAGAUUCUUGAGUUCAUCUAGGCUUUGUGCUUGUCAUUCUUUCACAUCCAGUCUUUCGCUCCUUUUCUGUCUUCUCGACAUUUCGCCUAGAGAGCAAUCACCAUGGUUGUCUUGAGCAAAGUCGCUGCCGUCGCGGUCGGCCUCUCCACGGUCGCCUCUGCGUUGCCCACUGGUCCCUCUCAUUCCCCCCAUGCCCGCCGGGGAUUCACCAUCAACCAGAUCACCAGACAGACUUCUCGCGUCGGUCCCAAGACCCUUAACUUCCCCGCGAUCUACAGCAAGGCUCUUGCUAAGUAUGGCGGAACUGUGCCUUCACACCUCAAAAGCGCUGUUGCCUCGGGUAGCGGUACUGUCGUGACUUCUCCCGAGCCCAACGACAUUGAGUACUUGACUCCUGUCAACGUCGGUGGUACGACCCUGAACCUCGACUUUGACACUGGCUCUGCCGAUCUCUGGGUCUUCUCCGAGGAGCUCCCCAAGUCCGAGCAGGCCGGCCACGAUCUCUACAAGCCUUCCGGUAACGCCACCAAGAUCGAGGGUGCUAGCUGGUCCAUCAGCUAUGGUGACGGCAGCAGUGCCAGCGGCGAUGUCUAUAAAGAUACCGUCACCGUGGGUGGCGUCACUGCCCAGGGCCAGGCCGUCGAGCCUGCCAGCAAGAUCAGCCAGCAGUUCGUUGAGGACAAGAACAACGACGGUCUUCUGGGUCUCGCUUUCAGCUCGAUCAACACUGUUAAGCCCAAGCCCCAGACUACGUUCUUCGACACCGUCAAGAGCCAGCUGGACUCUCCCCUGUUCGCCGUGACCCUGAAGUACCAUGCUCCUGGCUCCUAUGACUUCGGCUACAUCGACAAGAGCAAGUUCACCGGUGAACUCGCCUAUGCCGAUGUGGACAGCUCCCAGGGUUUCUGGCAGUUCACUGCUGACGGUUACUCUGUCGGAAAGGGCGACGCCCAGAAGGCCCCCAUCACCGGUAUUGCUGACACCGGUACUACCCUCGUCAUGCUCGAUGACGCAAUCGUCGACGCCUACUACAAGCAGGUUCAGGGCGCCAAGAACGACGCAUCCGCUGGAGGCUACGUCUUCCCUUGCGACACUGAGCUCCCCGAGUUCACCGUCGUGAUCGGCUCCUACAACGCCGUCAUCCCCGGAAAGCACAUCAACUACGCUCCUCUCCAGGAGGGCGGCUCCACCUGCGUUGGCGGUAUCCAGAGCAACUCUGGUCUCGGCCUCUCCAUCCUGGGUGAUGUCUUCCUGAAGAGCCAGUACGUCGUCUUCGACUCCCAGGGCCCCAGACUCGGCUUCGCCGCCCAGGCUUAAAUGCCCAACUAAUGCGGGCUCCGUGCUCUACUGCACAGCCUAACUCUAAUGAGCCAACCCCCUAGCGGGCGAUCUGGCUUAAUUUGUUGGAGAUGAGUAAUUUGAUCUACCGAUGUAUCUAUUUUCUUCUUGUAUAUGGCGACGUUGAUUUAUGAGAGAUGGUUUGGAAUGCGGGCACAUGUUGAUGGAUGAUUGCGACUGUCUUCUUUCACCUGUACAUAUGACCACGUCGAUCGUUACACGAGAGGGCCAGCUUUCAAUUACAUAACGCAAUUCAUCCUCUGAUACACACUACCUCAUCCAUGGAUACAAAAGUACUAGGUAGUAGACAGGAACAGGGAUACUGCC